AUGAAGCAGUGUUCGGUUAUUGUUGGAGAGGCAGCAGGGCCUCAUGAGACGGCGCCUCGUAGGAAUGCGAAAUGCGCGGAUGGGGUUGUCGAUAGGCCGCUAGGUCUCAGAUGUUCUACUGUGUAUGAGUUCGCUUUGGAGUGUUUUGAGCGGGGCGGCAAGCGCAGAGCGAUUGGGUGGCGGGAUGUUUUGGAGGUGCAUGAAGAGACCAAGACGGUUACCAAGGUUGUUGAUGGUAAGGAGACGGAGGUGGAGAAGACAUGGUUGUAUUACGAGAUGAGUGGAUACAGUUAUAAUACGUAUGAGGAGUUGAUGGCGUUGAUGCACGAUUACGGACGUGGGUUGGUUAAGGUUGGGUUGAAGCCAGGUGGCGAGGAAAAGUUGCAUAUUUUUGCAGGGACUUCGCAUAAGUGGAUGAAGACGUUUUUGGCUGCGCAGUCGCAGGCUAUUCCUGUUGUUACGGCAUACGAUACGCUUGGUGAGAGUGGUUUGAUCCAUUCGAUUGCACAGACCAAUUCCAAGGCUAUUUUCACGGACAAUAUUUUGUUGGGCAAGCUGAUUAAUCCUGUUCAGAAGUUGGAAAAUGUGAAGUGUAUUAUCCAUUCGGAGAAGAUUGAUCCUAACGAUAAGAGGCAUAAUGGUAAGCUGUAUUCUGAGGCAGCUGAAGCGGUGAAGAAGUUGAAGGAGCUGAGACCGGACAUUGUGAUUUAUAGUAUGGACGAGGUCAUCACCCUUGGUAUAGAGUACAAGUCGGCUAUUGAUAUAUGUCGCCCUACUAAGGAGAGUAUCUCGUGUGUGAUGUACACAUCCGGGUCCACGGGAACUCCUAAGGGUGUCACCAUGACACAUGCUAAUAUUGUUGCAGGGGUCGGUGGUGUUGGUAUCAAUAUUUCUCGUUCUUUGAUUGGCCAUAACGAUACCGUCAUUGCGUUUUUACCCUUGGCGCAUAUCCUAGAGUUGGCGGUUGAGUUGCUCACGUUCUACUGGGGAGCCUUGCUGGGCUACGGUACUGUCAAGACGCUAACCGACAAUUCCGUGCGUAAUUGUCAGGGCGACAUGAAGGAAUUGAAACCUACCAUUAUGGUCGGCAUAGCUGCUGUUUGGGAGAGUGUCCGCAAGGGGAUUUUAACCCAGGUUGCUAAACAGCCGAAAAUUAAACAGAAGGUGUUUUGGAUGGCAUACCGUACCAAGUUGCAUUUGAAUAAGAUGCACAUCCCCGGUGGAGAUUUUUUGGGUGAUCUAUUCUUUAAAAAGGUCAGGGAAGCUACCGGGGGUAAAUUGCGUUACAUCUUGAAUGGUGGUUCUUCUAUAUCUAAAGACACGCAGAUUUUUAUUUCCAACCUAAUUUGCCCUAUGUUGCUCGGUUAUGGUUUGACUGAGACCGUUGCUAACGCGGCUAUCAUGCCUCCCGAACACUUUAAAAUCGGGACUGUUGGUGACAUAACUGGUUCUAUCACCAUGAAGUUAGUAGACGUAGAAGAACUCGGAUACUUUGCCAAAAAUAACCAAGGUGAGGUUUGGAUUAAAGGCGGGCCUGUGUUGAAAGAAUAUUAUGAUAACGAAGAGGAGACAAAGGCUGUCUUAGAAGAUGGCUGGUUUAAAACAGGUGAUAUCGGCGAAUGGACUGAAAAGGGUCAGUUGCGCUUGAUAGACCGUAAAAAGAAUUUGGUCAAGACUCUAAACGGUGAGUAUAUUGCCUUGGAAAAGUUGGAAAGUGUAUACAGAUCCAACAGAUAUGUGGGAAAUAUCUGUAUCUACGCUGAUCAACAUAUGGUUAAGCCAGUGGCGAUCGUCGUUCCAGCUGUCCCAGAAGUUACUAAACUUGCUAUCAAAAUGAACCUGAUCGAAGAUGAAGCUGAACUCAGAAAUGUUUACGGGAACAAAAAGCUAAAGAACGCCAUAUUGCAAGAUAUGCACAAGACUGCCAAGUCACAGGGCUUGGCCGGUAUAGAGAUGAUCCUGGGUUUCAUCUUUGUUGACGAAGAGUGGACCCCACAAAAUGGCCUACUUACAGCUGCUCAAAAGUUGCAAAGAAGGAAGAUUUUGGCAUUAGUGAAGGACCAAGUCGACGAAUUAUAUGCUAACAACGGUUAA